UCAACCCUUUGGUCCCGUUUCCAUCACAAUGACAAUGAGUACUUGCACAACUCGUAGCGUCUCCACAAACGUGAUUAGAAAAACGGAUUGGCGAUUGAGAUAUUUUUGAAGAAACAAAAAUCAAUAGCUGAAUUUUGAAAAACAGCUGAUUACUGACUGUAUUUAGACACGGACACGUGAGCUAGUUCUCGCUGAUUCUUGCCCAGGCACCAACUAUCCGCUACGGUCUAUCCGAUUCCAGGGCCGAGGCCGGGGAUUUUUCAUAGUUGCCAGCCAGCCCAGGGGAAUCAUCACUAGGAGUCAGCUAGCUAGCUAGCUACGAGUCCGUCGGCGACGAUGGCGCCGGAAGCACUUCACAACAUGACCGCCCUGGAGCAGCGCCAGGUCUCGCCGUUACCAUCACCGUCCGGGACGAAGCCACGCGCGCUGCCGCUGACAUUCUUCGACCUCGUCUUCUGGGACAUCCCGCCCGUGCAGCGCCUCUUCUUCUACGACAACGCCGACGUCCCCGGCGUCCCGGAGUUCCUCCUCCACGAGCUGCCCCGGUUCGAGAAGUCCCUGGCCAUGGCGCUGCACCAUUUCUACCCUUUGGCCGGGAAGCUUUCGUGCGGGAGCAUUACGCCGGAGUCAGCGGCGCCCGAGCUCGUGUUCUCGGACGGCGACUCCGUCCGCCUGACGGUAGCGGCCGGUGCCGGAGAUGAGUUCCAUGACCUCGCCGGCGACCACGCGCGCGACACCGCGAGGCUCCGCCCGCUGCUGCCGCGGCUGACGAGAGACGGUGUCAGGCUGCAGGACGUGUUCGCCGUCCAGAUCACCGUGUUUCCACACGCCGGCAUGUGCAUCGGCACGACCCUGCACCACGCCGUGGCCGACGGCUCCAGCUACUUGCACUUCAUGAAGACCUGGGCCGCCAUCCACCGCCUCGGCGGUCCCGGCUGUAGUCUCGAGGCGGUGCCGGUCAUGGGCGCGGCCCCGCUGUUCGACCGCAGCGUCGUGCAAGACGAGGACGGGCUCCGGGAGGAAUUUCUCCGCGACCACGCCGACAAGCGGCUGCUCCUCGAGGACGACCGCGAACCCGGGAGCGCCGAGCUCGCGACGUUCCGGUUCACGGACGAGCUGCUCCUUAGGCUUGGGAGGAAAGUCGAGUCCGAGACCUCAGCGCGGCGGUGCUCGUCCUACGCGCUGGCGUGCGGCGCCGUAUGGGCGGGCAUCAUGCGCGCGCGCGGCGGCGGCAGCACGAGGUUCGGGUUCGUGACGGGGUGCAGGCCCCGGACGAGCCCACCGGUGCCCGGGAACUACUUCGGCAACUGCCUGGGGCUCUGCCGCGUGGAGGACGACGUGCAGGAGCUGAGCUGCGGCGGCGGCGGCGGCGUCAUCACGGCGGCGGCCAUGGCGGCGGCGGCCAUCUGGCGGGCGAUCGAGGGGCUGGCGGAGGAAGGGCGGGUGUUCCGGGGCGCGCGCGGGUGGGUGCGGCUGGUGCGGGAGUACGCGUGCGCGGGCGCGGGCGCGGUGACCGUGGCCGGGUCGCCGAAGCUGGGGGUGUACGCGGCGACGGACCUCGGGGCGCCGUGGGGCCGGCCAAGGAAGGUGGAGAUCGUGUCCGUGGAGCGCACGGGCGCGCUCGCGCUGGCGGAGAACGGCCCUGACACGGACGGCGGCGGCAUCGAGGUCGGCGUGGCGCUGCCGCGCGCGGAGAUGGAGGCGUUCCGAGCGUUCUACGUUGACCUGGUUGCAAACUUGCAAUACUAACAUCGUCCUGUGUAUACGUUUGGACUCUCGCCGAUUUGCAGCUGAAGUAUGUGCGGCCACAGAGAGGCCAUUGAGCUGGCAGAGAAGCUCGAUCGGUACGUGCUACUCGCAUCAUCAUAGAGACGACAAUCAAUUGGUCAUGUUGUUGGUCGUAAACGGAAGUCAGGCGGGGGACUCGUCCUUUCUAGCAGCGGCCAUUGACGACUUCAAGUUCCGGAUGCUUUCUCUGAUUUUGCUGUGCAAUGUUGUCACGAAGCAAACAACGGUGGCGCAUGAACUGGCCAAGGUCGGGCACGAUUGUCAAUCUUAUGAUCUGUCUUUGUCUUGGGAGUAUGAUGUACAUGCGACUAUCGCUAGAGUUGUAAGGGAGUAUACGACGAUAGACAAACUGUAUACUUUAUUAUGUGCUCUACGUUAUUUAAGAAAGACAAUAAAACAAGCAUUUUCUUCCGAUGUCA